UCUAAAUCAUUUAUGAAGAUAUUGAACAGAACCAGUCCCAAACAGACCCCUAUGGAACCACACUUAUGCCCUUCCAGCAUGACUGUAAAACAUUAAUAACUGUUUUCUGAGAAUGGUUAUUCAACCAGUUAUGCACCCACCUUAUAAUAGCUCAACCUAGUUCUUCAAAACUGGUGAGGUUGUGCUGCUUUUGCCCAUGGUAUACUUACCUGUUUUAUGGAUAUCAAGAAUUGACUUCCAGUUCUUUAAUAUAAUAGUUGUGCAACAAGCUAAACUUAGGUGUGUGGAGGAAAAAAAAAGAGAGGAAAAAUCCUCAAGUAUGCAGCUGGCCUUUUGGCUCUUGGAAAGGUAAAUGCUGACCUUCAGUCAACCUUGCUAUAUUCAGUUAUCCCACAUUCCCUGACAGACAUCUGCAUUCAGCAAUGUAAACACUGCCCUGUUAUCAGUCCUGUGUCAAGGUAAGGCUGUAGUAUAAAGAGACUACUGCAGAACAAAAUGAUGUAUUUUUCAUACCCUACUGCAAGAAUGAAAUUCAUCGUGCUAAUUCUGCUGAUUUCAGUGGGUGCGGCCAGUGCCACUACCUCCCCCUUGGCUUUGUGGCAGUUCCGCGAGAUGAUCAAAUGCACUAUCCCGAACAGCAACCCACUAAUGGAUUAUAACAAUGGCACUGGAACACCAGUGGAUGCCCUUGACAGGUGCUGUCAAGUGCAUGAUAACUGCUAUUCUCAGGCCAAGAAGCAUCCAGAGUGUAAGGGACUCCUGGACAACCCCUACACCGAGUUGUACUCCUAUAGCUGCUCAGGCAGCACCAUUACCUGUAAUGGUAUGUCUGCUUUUCUGUUAUUUCACUUCAGCCACUGUUUUACUUGUAUGGGUCUUUGGUCUAAGCUGAAUCUCCUUCAGUAGGAAAGUGGUUCCUAAAAGCAGGCUCCACACCAUGCCAUCACCUGCUUCAGCAGAGCUGGUGUUUGCUAGAAGUGGGUACACUUCCCCCGAGACACUGUAAUAACACAGCCCAAGUUCGAAAGGCCUCAACUCCUUAGGAUCACACAGAUCCAUAUAUGGGAUACACAUCAAAGGACAAAGCCCUUUGCUUGAAGCUCAACUUAUCAGGACUGUGUUUUGCUAGUUAUGAAAUGUGCAAUUUAAUAUGAAAUGUGGUUUGCCCAAGUAUGGCUGCAUUUCAGUAGUAGUGUGUGUUUGAAGUACUCUGUAAAGUGACUUGAGAGGGAGCAGGUACCAGCAGGAAGAGAAGAGGCAGACCAGGAUGGGCAAUAAUUUUUCAUGGGGGGGCCCACACCAAGAUUUUGGCAAGUGGUCAAAGGCUGCAUUUCUACCAAGGGAGGUUGGGAUCUGGGUCAGAGGUUGGGUGCAGAAGGGAGCUUGGGGUAGGACACUGGGUGCAAGAGAGGGUGUGGAGUUUGAGAGAGAGUUUGGGUGAAGGAGGG